CCUUCGGCCUUAUCCGUCUCUUCGGGCAAAUGUCAAAGUUGUUAUUAUGCUAAUCUCUGCGGUGAUUGCUCAAAGAUGAGGCAAACGCUUCAAUUUAUAUAACCGACAAUGCCUCUUACGCGGCGCAAGAUGAAACAGUUCUGCUUGUUCGGUGUCGCCACGCUACUCGUUUUCGUGCUUUACAAAUCGUUGGCAUCGACGGAGGAUUUGCAGCCAAAUGCAUUGCACCGGGAUGCGAGGGACAAUGAGAUCCUGCCACUGGCGUCGGGGGAGCAUCGAAACCAACAGGCGAUCAUUGAACAGCAGAGAAAGGAACUGGCGGAGGCGAAGGCCAAGAUACGGGAGAUCGAGGCCAAGCUGGGCCGGCUGGAGGCGAACGUGCCUCGGAAGUACCCCGACGUGCGGUUCCUCAACUAUAAGAACCGCAAGAGGAUACUGAUAACAGGUGGAGCAGGUUUCGUUGGAUCCCAUCUUGUCGAUUUUCUCAUGAUGGAAGGACAUGAAGUUAUCGUUGUUGAUAAUUUCUUCACGGGCCGCAAACGCAAUGUUGAACAUUGGCUUGGUCACGAAAAUUUUGAACUGAUACAUCACGAUAUUGUCAAUCCGCUUUUCAUUGAAGUUGAUGAGAUAUACCAUCUGGCAAGUCCUGCCUCUCCUCCACAUUAUAUGUACAAUCCAGUGAAGACCAUCAAAACUAAUACGAUGGGAACGAUAAACGUGUUGGGUUUAGCUAAAAGAGUAGGCGCCAAAGUUCUAAUCGCAAGCACUUCAGAGGUAUAUGGCGAUCCAACUGUUCAUCCACAGCCAGAAAGCUAUUGGGGACAUGUAAAUCCUAUUGGACCAAGGGCGUGCUAUGACGAAGGCAAACGUGUUUCGGAGACUUUAAGCUACGCAUAUGCGAAACAGGAAAACGUGAAAGUGAGAGUGGCAAGAAUUUUCAAUACAUACGGACCUCGAAUGCAUAUGAACGACGGUCGCGUUGUUUCGAAUUUCAUACUUCAAGCUCUACGAAAUGAAACGAUAACUGUGUAUGGUAACGGAAAGCAAACGCGUUCAUUUCAAUAUGUAACGGAUUUAGUUGAUGGUUUAGUAGCGCUUAUGGUAUCAAAUUAUACACAACCUGUUAAUAUUGGCAAUCCUGUGGAGCAUACCAUUGAGGAAUUUGCGGUUAUUAUAAAAGAUCUUGUUGGCGGGACAAGUAUAAUCUCACAGGGAGCGGCAGUCGAAGAUGAUCCUCAACGACGCAAACCGGACAUAACGAGGGCUAAAAGAUAUUUAAACUGGGAACCAAGGGUACCACUGAAGGUUGGGUUAGAAAAGACAAUUGAAUAUUUCCGUAGAGAAUUGGACAGAGCAAAUCAUUCGGAAAGAAAUGUAUUCAUGCCUGAUAAUAAGUCGAAAAAGUCAGAAAAGAUUCUAGUCUAGUGAAAUGAUGCUGUUUUUAUUAUUUGAUCAGUUGAUAAGUUCGAUUUAGGGAAUGAAACACUUUUUUUAUAUACAUACAUAUUUUUCUAACAAAUAAGGGUAACAGGAGCAGUAGCGGAAGAAUAUAGUUAAAUAUAUACACACAUAAUAUAUAGUAGACUCCUUUUGUAUAUGGAAUAUCUGACACUUUUAUACGCAUGAAAAUAUAUCAGAAUAAAUCGUAGGACGAAAAUCGUUGUAUAGUAUUGUAACGGAAUUCAAUGAUAUCCCGCAACAUUGGUAGAAUUCGAGUUUUUUUUUGCGUUUUUGUUGAUGUUUAUUUUUAGUUAUCGAAUUUUCUCGCGCAUAGCUUUGUAAAUAAAGUGCAAUUUG